UGAUUCUUGACUUGCCACCUUGGCUAGGCGUUACAAAAAGAAGAAAAAGAAGUAAACCAAAGCAAAAGCAUUCUCCGUGUUCCCCUGUUUUUCUCCUCUGAGAACGUCAUGCAUUCCUUUUCCACUCUCCGGAGGUUCUCUCCGUUCACCCAACGCUUCCGUACGCUGAGUUCUUCCUCUUCGCAGUCUUCAUCUUCUCCCAGUCCUCGUCGCAAUCCCAGUUGGGCUUCGGGUUCAGCCAUUAUUGCAGGCGUAGCCUCUGCUCUUGCUCUUUUCUAUUGCUACAACUCACCCACUUCACCCUUCCAUUCCGUUUUCUUGAACAAUAUCCCUCGCGGUUCUUCACUGCCAUUCUUUGGAAGAUCACCCGUUCCUGAAACUGCUAAUGGUUUGCUUGUUCGAGAUGCGUACAGAGCCAAGGUUUUCUUCUACUAUGAGAAGCGCCUGCGGUUGCAUAGUUCACCCGAAAAGGUUUUUGAAUACUUUGCAUCUUGUCGUACCCCAGAAGGAGAGAUACUCAUGAAGCCUUCGGACCUAAUGCGGGCAGUUGUUCCUGUUUUUCCUCCAUCAGAAUCCAACCUAGUAAGAGAGGGAUACUUGAAAGGUGAAAGAGAUCCUGGCCAUUUGUGGUGUCCCUCUUCGGAUUUUUUUAUGCUUUUUGAUGUAGACAACGAUGGACUUAUAUCCUUUAAAGAGUAUAUGUUUUUCGUAACUCUGCUUAGCCUCCCAGAAUCAAGCUUCUCGGCAGCAUUUAAAAUGUUUGACAGAGAUAAUGACGGAGAGAUAGACAAGGAAGAAUUCAAGAAAGUCAUGCAAUCAAUGCGAUCGCAUACCAGAUUGGGUGUUCACCAUGGGGAUGGAAGACGAACUGGCCGAAAGAGCAAUGCUUCUGUAGAGAAUGGAGGGUUGGUGGAAUACUUAUUUGGUAAAGAUGGAAGGGGACGCCUAAAGCAUGAUAAAUUCGUUCAGUUUAUAAGAGACUUGCAUGAUGAAAUUGUGAGGUUGGAGUUUGCUCAUUAUAAUUAUAAAUCUCGAAAAACUAUAUCGGCCAAGGACUUUGCACGCUCCAUUGUUUCUUCUGCUGACUUGAGUCAUCUAGGCAGGUUGCUUGAACUGGUUGAUGAAUUGAGCAAAGACCCACGGCUUAAGGAUGUACGCAUAACAUUUGAGGAGUUCAAAAACUUUUCCGAGCUGCGGAAAAAGUUAUUACCAUUUUCGUUGGCCAUUUUCAGUUUUUCAGACGUACAAGGCCUGAUAACAAGAGAUGAUUUUCAGCGGGCUGCAUCACAUGUUUGCGGUUUGUCUCUCUCGGACAAUGUGGUUGAGAUUGUUUUCCAUUUGUUUGACGCAAAUAGGGAUGGAAGUUUGAGUACAGAGGAGUUUGUUAGAGUGCUGCAACAUCGAGAAAGAGACAUCGCUCAAACCAUGGAGACAGGAAUCGUGGGUUUUUUGUCAUGCUGCUGGAAAUGUACGGACACCUCUCCAUCUUCACGGUUGUUUUCCUGGUUUUGAUUCAGGUUACACGUAUCCUCAAGUCAAUACAACAGAGUAGGCAGUGAAAUCGGAAUUCUCGUUUUGAAAAUCAACAUGUCACGUAAAUAGUCACCCUGUGAUAUCCAGAACUGUUAGUUCUUAGACAGAAACACACCUCAGC